AUGUCAACCGUGGGGUUGACCGUCAAUGUAAUCAUUGCAAAUAAACACUAUUACUGGGAUCGCCAUGUCUGGGACGUUCCCAUCACCGCUUUUACUGGCGUGCUCAAGGUUGCCUUCUCUGCAAAGCUUAUCUUCGUCUACGCUUCCACCUUCACUCGCCAAUCACUAUUGUGCUUUUACUACCGCCUCGUCGCCGAUUCAGGCAUCAAGUGGUUCGGCUGGGCCUUGCACGCAACGGUCUUCCUCAACGUAGCAGCCGUCAUCACCUUCACCUGUCUCGGUAUCUGGCAAUGCAACCCCAUCAGCGCCUACUGGACCUUGUCUCCGCCGGCCGGAGCUUACUGCCUCGAUGAGGGCAAAACAGUGCUCGGCAUCGGCAUAGUCAACUGCUUCAUAGACCUCCUCGUCACGGUGCUCCCCAUCCCGCUCGUCCGCAAACUGCAAAUGCCGCUCCAACAGCGCAUCGGCAUCAUAAUCCUCCUGAGCAUGGGCCUACUCGUCGUUGUCGCAGGUGUCGUCCGCACCUACUACAUCUGGAAAGGCCUGAUCGCAAGCUACGACGAAACGUGGUAUACUUUCCCCUUGUGGAUCGCCGCGGCCGUCGAGAUCAACUUGGGCGUGAUCUGCGCAUGCAUGCCCGCCCUCCGCCCCUUCAUCAAGCGCUGUGUCGCCCCGGCCUUUUCCAGCGUCAGCAGCCGCAUAUCAAGUCUUAUCUCCGGCAGUAGCACGACACCUGAAAACAGCACGGUACAGAACUCUCGCCACAGCCGCGGACACGGCUCGUACCAGAAGUUCCGAAACAACAGAAAGACCAACGACCCCACGUCGAACUCCUCCGCCGACACCAGCACGCUCAAGGAAAUGGGCAGAGCCAAGCACCCGCACAUCACCCAUCACCACCACACAACCAGCAUCGACGCCGACAACCACGACCACGACCACCACGACAACGACAACGACGACGAAGUCUCCUUCCUCCCCCACCCGCACGCCCGCGACAUCGCGUACAACGUCACCCCGCGCCUACCACCGCCGCCCCCGCGUUCGCCGCUGCAGAUCACGUACCGCCAGUCCUUCGAGCUCGUCUCGCUGGACCGCCGCCAGGAGAGGAGAGACGGUUUCUCACCGCCGCGGUCGCCGCAACGGCAACAACGACAGCAGGAAGAGCAGCAGUUGGAAUUGGAUCCGAGGGGGAGACUAGAGGGCAGUGCGGCGUUUGGGUGCGAGACGAGGGUCUCGUCGCGGCAUGGGGUGAGUGGGGAUGAGGAGGAGGAGGUGGAGGAGAGGUACGAUGACGACGUGGAGGGCGGGAGGAGGAGGCGGAGGCGGAGUGGGUUUUUGGGGCUGCCGGGGCUGGGGGUGGGGCGGGGGAGAGGGUGGGGACGAUCCCGUUGA